UAGUUCAUUCUGUCUUCUAACACUGUUGAAGCACACUAUCGAUAACAUGUCUGGACGUGGCAAAGGAGGUAAAACUAAGGGAAAGGCAAAGACCAGGUCGUCUCGUGCCGGGCUUCAAUUUCCCGUAGGAAGAAUCCAUCGUCUUUUGAGGAAAGGCAACUACGCCGAGAGGGUCGGUGCCGGUGCCCCCGUGUACCUUGCUGCCGUCAUGGAAUAUCUGGCCGCUGAAGUUCUCGAGUUGGCAGGCAACGCAGCUCGUGAUAACAAGAAGACCAGGAUCAUCCCUCGUCACCUCCAACUGGCGAUCAGGAAUGACGAAGAGUUGAACAAACUUCUCUCUGGCGUCACCAUCGCCCAAGGUGGUGUACUUCCCAACAUCCAGGCAGUCCUCCUCCCUAAGAAGACUGAAAAGAGCGCUUAAUUCGCUUUCCGUCCUUAUAUUUCAACGGCCCUUUUAAGGGCCACUAA